CAGGGAGCGAGCAACACCUCCGCCUCUCGCCAAAAAACAACCUGCACAGCAAGGGGGGAUAACCGCCUUCGCUGCCAGCGCCGGGACGCGCGGGCGGUUUAUACCGUGGCGCUUUCCUCCAGCCCGCUUCUCCUCCUUUUUGCCUUUUUUUUUUUUUUUUUUUUUUCUUUUUUAUUCUUUUUUAUUUCCUCCCCGCUAAAGACGAGGAAACCCUGUCUGCGGUUUUACGCGCAGCCCCCUCCGCUCCCGUCGCCGCCGGGGGUCACAUCUGGCCGGAGCAAACUUCGUUGGGGGCCUCGGUCUCGCCCGCCCGCUGGACGGGGCCGCCGGGACGAAGGGGACCCCGGAGCCCGCCCAGCCGGGUCGGAGGGGCAGGAUGGCGGCGCCGGCCCGCUGGGUGCUGUGCCUGUGCCUGGGCUGGGGCUGCCUGUGCCUGGCGCCGGGGGACGCGCCGAAGGCUCGCUGGGCCGGGCUGCGGCGGCGAGCGGCGCCGGGCGGAGUGCGGGGCGGCCGGGCCGGGGCCGCGGCAGGUGACGAUGGCGUGGGGCAGCGGCGGGAGCCGGACGAGCGGCGGCGGCCGGAGCGGCUGCAGCCGGCGGACGGGGUCUCGGAGCACAUGCUGCGGCUCUACGACCACUACAGCGGCGGUCGCGGGGGGCGGGCGGCGGCGCGGCCCCGGGACCCGCCGGCGCUGCCCGGGCUGCGCCUCCGCCAGGGCAACACGGUGCGCGGCUUCCGGCCGCUGGCAGCAGGGAGCCCUGAAAGCCAGGAGGCAUAUGUUUUUAAUUUGACUUCACUCACUGAGUCUGAAAACAUCUUGUCAGCUUCGGUGUACUAUUAUAUUGGUGAUCUGCUGCAUGCUAAGUGGAACUGUUCCCAAUCCAGAGGCUGUUCUCGUCAUGGGCACAGGAGACCUGAAAUUCAGAUACAUCUCUCGGUUUGGACCUUUCCUUCUGUUGGGAACCAGACUCGGAGCUUGGGACAUUUCCUGAUAAAUGUCUCCGCUGCUUACCCGGAUGUCCUGUCGUGGCAGUGGAAGGAUAUCACUCAGCUCCUGCAUGAAGCAAAACGAAAGAAUGAACUCCUGAUCAGUGUCAGAAUGGAUCUGACCAGCCAUCACCCCUGGAAAAGGGCACCUUCUCGCUAUGAACCCUACAUCCUGAUUUAUGCCAAUGAUUCUGCUAUUUCAGAGCCCGAGAGUGUUGUCUCUAGUUUGCAAGGGCACCGUCAUCCUCUGGCGAGGGUCUUUCCCAGGCCAGAAAACCACAUGAGGGGCGGCCUUGGCAGGCGGCGGCGAAAACGCUCCACAAACGUCCUGUUGCCUUUGCAGAAUAAUGAGCUUCCAGGAGCUGAGUACCAGUACAAUGAGGACGAGAGAUGGGAAGACAGAAAACCCUAUAAAACCUUCCAGCCACAGCUAGCAGAGAGGGCAAAGAGUAAGAAAAAGCAGAGGAAGAAUCCUCACCAGAAGAGCCAGACUCUCCAGUUCGAUGAGCAAACGCUGAAGAAGGCGAGGAGGAAGCAGUGGAACGAGCCAAGGUAUUGCGCCCGGCGUUAUCUCAAGGUGGAUUUUGCAGACAUUGGCUGGAGUGAGUGGAUUAUUUCCCCUAAAUCCUUCGACGCCUAUUACUGCUCAGGGGAAUGCCAGUUCCCGAUUCCAAAGGCCUUGAAGCCAUCCAACCAUGCCACCAUCCAAAGCAUAGUGAGAGCCGUCGGAGUCGUCCCGGGCAUUCCCGAGCCUUGCUGCGUUCCUGACAAAAUGUCUUCUCUUAGUAUCUUAUUCUUCGACGAAAAUAAAAAUGUGGUUCUUAAGGUGUACCCCAACAUGACAGUGGAAUCCUGUGCAUGCAGAUAACAUCUCGGGAGACCCUUUUGAAAUGCUGAGGUGAUCACUUGAUAUUUGAGGGGGGAGGAGGGUGGUGGUUCAUGAUAUCUACUUUUUGUUUGCACUGCCAAUGCAUUUCCUAUGGACAAAAAAGAAAAAAUGUAAACAGAUCCUAACAAAGAGGAUGGAAACGGAACGGAUUCCGAAUAGUAAUUCCAAGGAAAGCGAAUACAAACUUUGCGCGUCUCUGAAUUUGGCACAAGUCUUGGCAUUGGGGAUUGCCUGUUUCUGUUGAAAUCAAGCCACAAAAGAGGAAUUUGCAGACGACUCUUCAAAAUUUUUGAGACUGCCAGAAGGACAUACUGAUCUAUUUUUGUACGAGAUUUCGGAAGCAGCAGCAGCUGCUGUCUCCGUUCUUAUGGUGACUAAUGGGGAGGGAGAUUAGAAAUAUGCUAUUCUUCAUUUUAAAGGUAAGCUUUCUGCCUUAGGUUAUUGAGUAGUGCAGCAAGGAAGAAACAAAUCCGAUGUCCUAAGAGCCUUAGAUAAUCCACCUUGGACAUAUAUCUCCUUAGUGUGACGUGUCACCAACUGCACGUGUGUAUUCAUUUUCAUUGACGAAUUCUUUGUCAUCCAGCUUACUAGACAUCAGUACUCUCAGUCAGAAGAACACAAAACACGUUACUGCUGCGGUGCAUAAUUGUGGUGUCUCAGAAGCAAAGACUUUUCUUUCAUGCCAUUAUGGAAACUCAGCAAGCCAAGGGUAUGAAAGUAUUGCACUCAGUGAAGUGGCUGAGUGACCUGUUCAGAACACCUAUUCUAGAACACAGCUGCAAAUAAUCUAUGAGUAUGUCGUGGUAGUUGAAUGCUGACAUGAAAUGAUUUGGUGCAUAAUUCUUAUCUGUAGGCCUUCGCUACGAUUAUUUGAUCGAAACUGCCUCUGGUUGGUGAGUUUUGAUUGUUAUAUUCAUCGGGUGGUGGGGGGGGGGUUCUUAUCUCCAUUCGCUUCUACUCUGAAAAUCAAAUUUGUUGCACCUAUGUCGUUCAUUUAAGAUUUCUUACUAGCAGAUUUUGCACAAUAAACACACAAAACAUUCUUUCAAUGACUUUAUCCACCAGAAAAUUCAGCUGAGAAACUACAAGCAGGAAAGAAAACAUUUAAUGAAUCUCUGGCACAGCUGCAAAAAGUUUGUUCUGUUACGGAGUAAAUGUUCACAGAUUUAAAAAUGGGAGGGAAAAGGCUGUGCUGAAAAGACAGGCAGUUGCUGAAAAGACAGACAAUUGCAGGCAGCCAAGAGUUUUUCACCGUUAUGUCUUGGUAAUGAGAAAGAGCCUGUGUCUCUAGUGCAGAGCUGCGUGGGCUCCGGUCUUGACUUCAAGGACAGGGAGAAGCUGUGAUGUGCAUGGGCUGCCCGUACCGUAGGGCUCACUGUUAAAUCCACUGGCCUGCUCCUGGGCCCGGUGCCGUUAGGACACGUGGGGGAUGCCACUGGCUAAGCUAAAAGCAGGCUUGGAUUUUCAGUAGAUACCAGGCCUUGCAAGCAAAACCAGAUGGAGUGGUUUCCAAUAGUUGUCUUUUGUAAGAGCUGCACAGGUAGGUGCAUCGUUUAUGCAGUUCAGCGUGACAAAGGCUGCUGUUAAAAAACACACAAGCUCAAACAAUAAGCCUAACUAAAUCUAAACUUCAAUUGUAGGGAGCUUGCAGUAAAAUGGAUUUCACAGAGCGUGAAAAGGCAGCCUCAGCUUUGUGCCAGUACGUCCCAUUUCUUUGUCCGAGGUGAGCUCACCGGUGAUGAGUAACCUCUUAUUGCCAAAAUCAUUUCCUUCACAGUUUUUUUGAAGCUCUUGAGAUGCCCACCUCUUGUCCCGAGUAGAAAGGUGGGAGCUGCUCUGUAGCUCUCGAGGGCUGGAUUUCUCCCCACGUUGCCCCAUUCUAGGGGCACGUUCCUUCCUUAGAAUAGCACCACAUUACACCUUCCCAAACGCAGCACCGAGGAGCAAGUACCUCGCAGCUAACUCCCCAUCGGAGGGCAGGGGUCAUCCCACUGCAAAUGAGGCUGUCGCAUCAGAGAAGGGCAGUCGGUCCCCCAGGGAAACGCUGCGGGAAUGGGGACGCCACAAGGUGAGGCAUCGCUGAGCCCCAGCCUCCCGCUUGCUGGGUCAGCUGGCAGAAGAUCAGGACUGAGCUGAGCCCAGCUCAGUCUGUGAACGGUGUCUGGCACAAGCAGUGCCAGGAACAGGGCUCCUCAGAGGAAAAGGCAGAGGUCAGAUGCUCCCUGGCCCACCCCUUGGACGGUAGCAGAGUUACCGAGAUCAGAAUAGGGUGUGGGCAGCCAAGCUUCCCAACUUUGCGCUCCACAACAGGCGUGCUAACUAAGCAUAGGUGUUUCCCCAGCACAGCGGUCUGGGGCAGCCGUGCUCCGAGUCACUCUUCAGAACUGAAGCUGAGUUCAAGGCUACGGGCAAUGCUUUCCAGUGCUGUGAUGAGACUGCCUGGAAGUGACCUUAAAAGCGUCACUCAAAAACAAGUGUGGAUUUAUUACGCUUGGUUUUUUUUCUGGGUUACAGACAGACUGUGUCAUGAACCAUAUCGUGUAGAAUAGGUACAACCAUCCAAGUAAAAUGUGAUCUGCCUCUUGCAACUCUAUGCUAAGAGCGUUUGCUUCGGUUAGCCAUUUAGAAGUGACACAUUUUAUGCCCACGACUUGUUUUGCAUUUGCAUCUGUAAAUUAAACUUUCUACAUAAAAUCAUGUCUAGCAUCAGUACUGUUUUAAUCACGCAGGCAAUCAUUUCUGUGUAUGAUUUUGUAUUAGUAGGGACCUCAAAAUAAUUUCCAACUGGUGUUAUUAAACACCUUUUUAAUCUCAAAUCAGCACGGAGUGCGGGGGGGAUGUUUCCCACCUGACCUGUUUUUUGAAAUACUUCUAAUUGAUAAAUGGCUCUGCUUCCCAUCUGAUUAUGGAGUGUCUGGUGCCCGCGCCUUAUUUUUAUGGCUGUCUCAAAAGAUGGGCAGGAGGAUGUCUCGAGCUAUGCAAGCGCUCUUUUCACAUAGGCUCUUCCGGCAGCAAAGUCCCCGAGGAGGAGCAGGCUGUGAGGAGGCCACUGGAGAAAGCUCUUGAAAAUCCCACUGUAGGAGGCUGAGCAGGGAAUCUCACAGUAAGUGUGCAAAAUAAAACUUGCUUUUCCUGCAAUGCGGUACCUUGACCCAGGAGAAUGGCCCGCUAGAACCAAUGACACUGUUGCCCUGAACGGGGUCACGAGGCAAGCCUGGGGGCCCUGAACUUGCAAGGAGUCGAGAGCACCUUUCAUGCAGUGCUGAGCAGCCCUGGGGUUGCACAUCGCUGUGCUUUGCUGCGGGGCUGGCCCAAAAGCUUUGCACACUCACCUCUGAGGAGAGGCUCAGCAGUUUGCAGGAGACUGAUGUUUUGUUUAGCGACCCGCUUCUUGUAAAAACAGCCUUUUUAAAUUAUUUCUGUUGAAAGAUUAAUCUUUGUACAGAUGAUGUCAAUUUAAAGAAAAUAAAAUUACCCCCAAAAAAAAGAAAAGUUAUUUUGUAUAUGGAAAGAAACUUUUACAGGUGCCUUUAAUUUAUUGUCCUUUUAAUGUUUCCUUCUUUAUCUCAGUGCUCUUUAAACAAUACAAUUUUCUCUGUCGUUGCAAAGAUGAAAUGCUAGGACCAGAGUCAAGUUCGCAAGGACAGGUCGCAGCCACACUGUGAAGGGCAUGUUUCACUACUGAUGUAUAAGCUUGCCUGAUUUCUGUUUUUUUUAUUUUCCCUUCAAUAAUGGGAAAGUUUCACUAGGAACUCUUGAGAAAAUAUAAAAUAAAAUCACAUUUUAAAUUAAAAAUACA